AUGAAAGAGCUCCUCACUACCUUCGAUUUAUGUAUCAAGACUACUAUUAUUACUGGUGGGAAAUUGCCUCUUCACUUUAUAAAGAAAGGUAAGAGAAACAAAUAGCUAAAAACUACUUAAGCUACAAGAAACUUGUAGAUAUGUAAAGAGUAAAGAAAAAAAUUCAUUGUUUUCUAAAUUUAUUAAUCAUAUAAAUAAUAAAAUUUAAUUAAUAUUUACUUAGAAGUUCAGGUUGAUUGA